AUGGCUGGGAGGAAUGACACUGUAGUGACCGAGUUCUUCCUCACUGCGUUCCCAGAGCAUCCCGAGUGGGGGCUCCCUCUCUUCCUGGUGUUUUUGAGUUUCUAUCUCCUCACUCUGCUGGGGAACACGGGAAUGGUCAUCCUGAUCCGUGUGGAUGGCCGGCUUCACACCCCGAUGUACUUCUUCCUUGGCCACCUUUCCUUCGUGGACAUCUGCUACUCGUCCGUCACGGUCCCCCAGAUGCUGGCCAUGCUGCUGGAGCGUGGGGCAGUUCUGUCCUACACACGCUGUGCUGCUCAGUUCUUCCUUUUCACCUUCUUUGCUUCCAUCGACUGCUACCUCCUGGCAAUCAUGGCUUAUGACCGCUACGUGGCCGUGUGCCGGCCCCUGCUUUAUGUCACCGUCAUGACCGAGAAGGCCCGCUGGGGCUUACUGGCUGCAGCUUAUGCGGCUGGUUUCUCCAGUGCCUUUGUUCGGACGGUCACAGCCUUCACCCUCUCCUUCUGUGGAACCAAUGAGAUCGACUUUAUUUUCUGUGAUCUCCCUCCCCUGUUAAAGCUGACCUGUGGGGACAGCUACACCCAGGAGGUGGUCAUUAUUGUGUUUGCCAUUUUUGUCAUGCCUCUUUGUGUAUUGGUGAUCUUGGUGUCCUACGUGUUUAUCAUCGUGGCCAUCAUGAGGAUCCCCUCCGCGGGAGGCCGGGCCAAGACCUUCUCCACGUGUGCCUCCCACCUCACGGCCGUGUCACUCUUCUUCGGCACUCUCAUCUUCAUGUACCUCCGAGGCAACUCGGGCCAGUCCUCGGAGGAGGACCGAGCGGUGUCAGUGCUCUACACAGUGGUGACCCCCAUGCUGAACCCCUUCAUCUAUAGCCUGAGGAAUAAGGAGGUAAAGGAGGCGGUUGUGAAAGCCCUGAGCAGGUCAAAGUCUCGUGGAAGGCCCUAGAGGGACUCUUGCCAAGUACGUCAUUCCUUCGUUUCUCUGUCCUUUCUGUCUAUCCUCAACUUCCACCAACUGGGGGAGACUUUCCCAGACAACCCUACUUCGAAUUGCACCCGAACUUCCCACCUCCACUUUCAGAUUUAUUAUUCUAUGUCAUACUUGUCACCAUCCGAU